AUGCGGCUGGCAUCCUGGCUCAACAAGGGCCUGGACUGGGCGUCGUCUGACGAGGCAUGUCAAGAGCCCAUGUGGAAGUUCAACCCGGUCGGUCCCCGGACCCUGCAGCGGUUCUUCGGCACGAAGCAUGAAGACAUGUGGAAGUUGCUCUUCAAGACCAAGAAGUCAUGUCCGGAGGCAACCGAAGACCUCGGCUACAACAGCAUCCACGAUGCGACCCCCAUCACGAAAUUCACUUGCGGCGGGUUCGUGAUGGGCCUGCGGUUCAACCACGCGUCGGCGGACGGCAUGGGCGCGGCGCAGUUCAUCAAGGCGGUGGGUGACAUGGCGCGGGGGCUCCCGGAGCCGGCGGUGAAGCCGGUGUGGGACAGGGAGAAGUUCCCCAACCCGAGCAUCAAGCCUGGCCCGCUCCCGGAGCUCCCCGUGCUGGCGCUGGACUACAUCGUGCUCGACUUCCCCACGGGCUACAUCGACGGGCUCAAGACGCAGUGCAAGGCGCACAGCGGCAAGUUCUGCUCCGGCUUCGACGUGCUGACGGCCAAGCUGUGGCAGUGCCGCACCCGGGCGCUGAACCUGGAGCCGGAGGCCACGGUGAAGCUCUGCUUCUUCGCCAGCGUGCGCCACCUGCUGAAGCUGGACGCCGGGUACUACGGCAACUCCAUCUUCCCCGUGAAGAUGUCCGGGAGCAGCAAGAAGGUGCUGGAGUCGUCGGUGAUGGAGGUGAUCGACAUGAUCCGGGAGGCGAAGCAGCGGAUGGCGGUGGAGUUCUUCCAGUUCGCCAAGGAGGAGACGCGGCAGGAUCCCUUCCAGAUGAGCUUCGACUACGAGUCCAUCUACGUCUCUGACUGGAGCAAGCUGGGGUUCUCCGACGUGGACUACGGCUUCGGCCCGCCCAUGUUCGCCGGCCCGCUCGUGAACAACGACUUCAUCGCCUCCGUCGUCAUCCUCAAGGCGCCGCUGCCGCUGGACGGCACCCGGAUGCUCGCCAGCUGCGUCACCAAGGAGCACUCGGAGGAGUUUGCCCGCGGCAUGAAGGAGGACCUGCCAUGAGCGAGCUCCUUCGCUUUGCUUUGCUAGACGACCGAGAGAACCUUGGCAUGCAUGCAUGCAGGGGGGUGGGGAUGGAAGCAUCGUGGAGCUCUGCUGAUGCGGCUGUUUGGUUGAUAUAUUGUUGCUGAUGUUGUUGUAUUUGUACCUGUUUUCGUUGUAUUUACUUACUUUGUUUCUACAUCCAUCUUGAGCAGUACGUUACCAUUCUUAGAAUGUAGACAGCCAAUUUGAUUUUUUAAUCAUUUGAUACGAGACAAUAAAAAUGAUACAUACCUGCAUUUGGUUACUUGAUUGA